AUGGCCAUGUGCCUCAUCUUUUUAUUGUUCACUGCUGUUCUCUCUGCACCCAGUUCAUCCGACUCAAAAACAGAAUCCAAUGCACGAGUAGCUCGCUCAGCAUAUAGUGAAUCUGAAGAUGAUCUUAUGAAUUAUUGUCAACAUUUCUGUUUUAAUAAUGCAUUUACAAAAAGAGCUGCAUUGAAAGGUUUUGUUCAUGGCCGAUCAAUCAAUGAUGAUAGUGAAAUGCAAGAUAUCAGCGACGAUCUUCUUGAAAAACGUUUCGUACAUGGCAAACGUUUUGUUCAUGGUUAA